AACAACUCCAGCAUGGCUUCGCUUUCUCAUGUGGCGCAAGCCAAUUCCUCCGUUCCUUCCGCGUUCGCCGUAUACAACACCAGCUUCAUAGACAUAAUCGGCCAAGCCCCAAAACUAGACCUCCUAGUCGAAAAUAAUGACUACCCCUUCGCGCACGAAGCAAGCGUCUACAUCCCGACGACGGAUGAGCUCUUCAUGUCAAGCAACAUGUUCAUCGACCCUACAACCAACAAAACCACCAUCAAAGUCUCGAAGGUCACUCUGAGCAAGCACCCACUUACGGCGGAGAUCGUCAACACCACCGUUCCCAUGCCGAAUGGCGGCGUCAACUACGGCAAUGGCAUUCUCUGGACCGGCCAGGGUACUUUGAACGAUACGGGCGGUCUGUUCCAAAUGUCCGCCACGCCGCCAUACAAGACAACCCUACUUCUCGACACUUUCUACGGCCGUCAAUUCAACUCGCUCAACGAUGUCGCUGUGAACGACGAUGGAUCGAUCUGGUUUACUGACCCAAUCUAUGGUUCGCUCCAGGGAAUCCGUCCCAAGCCUAAGCUGCCUAAUCAGGUUUAUCGCUUUGAUCCCGUUACGAAGGAUGUGCGUGUUGUUGCCGAUGGCUUUGGGCGCCCGAAUGGCAUUACCUUCUCGCCUGACCAGAAGAUUGUCUAUAUCACCGAUACUGCGGAGACAGUCGGUGACGGUACUAAGGAUAAUACCUUGCCUGCCACCAUUUAUGCCUUCGAUGUGACUACAACUCACGGUCAGCCAUUCUUGAUGAACCGCCGCGUCUUCGCUAUGCCUGGCGAUGGUAUUCCUGAUGGCAUCAAGGUUGACACUGAUGGUAAUGUCUAUGCUGGCUGCGGUGAUGGUGUGAAUGUUUGGUCGCCUGGCGGUGUCCUCCUUGGAAAGAUUCUCGUCGAGGAUGGUACUUCGAACUUUUCAUUCGGUCGUAAUGGUCGAAUGUUCAUUCUCAACGAGAACAAGCUUUAUUCGGCCCAGUUGAACCGCAAGAUUCAAGGCACCCUAGUAAGGUCCUGA